AUGCUUGGAAAAGAACUCAUUAUUUUUGGAGGUUAUGGAGAAACCUCUUAUCUCAAUGACAUUUGGGGCGGGGAAGUAAUCAUGACUGGGUCCACAAAUUCCAGCAUGUCAUCCCUGCAAGAGCUAAAUGUUUCUCGAAUAUCUGAGCAAUCGCUGACUGUGGAUGAAGAAUUGGCAAAUGAAAUUAUUCAUCGAUUGAAUGGACUGGCUCCCAAUCGAGAAGUUUCAGAGCAAAGUAAUGAUGAACAUGCAUACAUGACUCCAAAAAAGAGUGAAGAGCUUGAAACCAAUGACCAAGAGACACUUGAUCAUGCGUUUCAAAAGAUUAGACUACUAGAAGAGACUGUAAUAGAAUUAAGCGACAUGGUUCAACAAUUGGCAGUUUCACUUGCUGCUGAAUCAAAGAAGAGAUCCAGUCUUCAAAAAGAAGUUUCAACGUUAAAGCAAGCUCUGCACAACCUUACCUACUCUAUAAAUUUAUGA